AUGACAGAACUUGUAACCAACCCUGAUAUUCAAUCAACUGCAACAGCAGACACUACAACUACUCCUGCUGUUGCUGCUGCCCCCGCUGCCCCAUCUACUCCCCCUGCUGCUACUGCUGCAACGACCACGACCCCAACCAAGCCAAUCACCUCUGGCAACACUGAUCACUCAUCUGACAAUGAACUGGACAACAACUCUGCAUUCCAUCUUCAUGAGCUCUCCAAGGAUGUGGAUGAGAGCGACGGCGAAGCAUUCUCUGAUGACGACUAUGUUGACGAUGAGGACGACAUUCACUCUUCACCACUGGAUCACGAGAAGAUGAAAAACAAACUGAUGCUGGCCGCCAACAACAAGUACAAGCAACUCGAAGACUCUGGCCACUACUCAGACCACAGACACACAUCCACCACCUCAACCUCCUCCUCUUCAGCCAAGGCAAUCACCACGCCUCCAUUGCCAUCCAAUGCAGGCACUGACAUGCCCUUCUCUCGAAUCUUUAUCAUCUGUGGCAAGGACAUCACCGAGACCAUGCUCGUCAACGCCUUCAAGCGAUAUGGCGUCAUCGAGUCGUGCAAGGUCGUCACGGACAAGGAGACAAACGAGUCCAAGGGCAUUGCCUACAUCAAAUACACCAAGACCUCGUCUGCAGCGCUGGCCAUUGAGUCAAUGCAUGGCUCCACAAUUGCCGAUGCUGACCCUACACCAAUCAAGGUGCUGAUCGCCGAAGACAAGGGCCAGGGCAAGACCAACAAACCCCCACACCAGACAACAUCCGACCCUGAGGACACACCUCCAAACUCUCGUCUGUUUGUCAUCUGCAAGAAGGACAUCAGCGAGUCCGAUCUGAACAAGCGCUUCAAGGACUUUGGCAACCUGGAGCAUAUCAAGCUUGUACGUGAGCGAGACACAAACGAAUCCAAGGGAUACGCCUUUGUCAAGUUCUCCAAGAGUUCAACUGCCGCAGUGGCAAUGGAAGCUAUCAACGAUUCAGAUGACAAAUCGAUCAAAGCUAUCAUCGCACAACCAAAGUCCAAGGGCUUCCAGAAGCCAACUCAACCAGAAACAGUUCAAAUGGUUCAAAUCCCAAUGAUGGGAGCAAGUCCAUACCCUUUCCAGGCAGAGUUCGCCAACCCAUAUGGUAUCUUCCCAACAAUGGCAGCAAGACAGCGUCUGUUUGUAAUUUGUCACAAGAGUGUGACACAGGAGAACCUCCACAAGCUGUUUUCAAGAUAUCCAGGCAUGGAGUAUUGUGACCUCAAGAAGGACAAGGUUACCAACAAGUCCAAGGGAUUUGCCUACGUCAACUACAGCACGCCACAAGCUGCUCUCAUUGCCAAGAACGAACUAAAUGGAAUCAAGUAUCCACCUGGAUACGUCUUGAAAGUGGUCUUUGCCGAACCGUUAGGUAUCAAACAAUCAUCAUCACCAGUUAUUGAUCCAAUAUCAUCCAUUCAAACAAGCUUUGCACAAAUGCCAUUCAUCGCGAGAAGGAACUCAAGUCAGUCACAGAAGAGACAGAAGAUCUAA